GUGCGCUGCCGCCAGCAUGUCAACCCACUCAAGAAGGAGCUGCAAGUGCCGCUUGCACCUCCGGACUGGGGUGCCAUCUACCCGGACACAGCCCGGCCCCUCAUCGUGGAUGUGGGGUGCGGCAGCGGGCGCUUUGUCCUGGCGCUCUCUCGCAGAUUCCAGCGUCACAAUCUGCUGGGCCUGGACAUCAGAGCCAAGCUGAUGGAGAGGGCGAAUGAAUGGGCCAGGAUUUUGGAGCUGCAAAACAGCGUGCAUUUCAUGAUGGCCAACGCCACAGUGUCCCUGGAGAGCAUGCUGGCCACGUAUCCAGGGCCCCUCAGCCUUGUCAGUAUACAGUUUCCGGAUCCUCAUUUCAAGACGCGACACAAGAAGCGACGAGUGGUGCAGCCGCAGUUGGUGCGCGCCAUUGCACGCAUGAUGCCCACGGGAGGGCGCGUGUUUCUGCAGUCAGAUGUGGAGGAGGCGGUUGCAGCCAUGCACCACAUGUUCAGGCAGCAUGGG